GUUUUAUGACAAAUAUAACUUUCCUGGGAUAAUUGGAGCAAUUGAUUGCACGCACAUUGCAAUUAUUGCCCCAGAUACCGACAACCCUAUUCGUCCUGGCUUGGCAUACUACAAUAGAAAAAGUUUUUACAGYUURAAUGUUCAAAUGAUCUGUGACGCAAAUCUGAAAAUUUUAAAUUGCAAUGCUCGUUUUCCUGGCUCAACCCAUKAUGCAGCUAUAUGGAGUAUGUCUGCGGUAAAAAGACACAUGGAASAACAAUAUUUGAAUAAUGAAUUAAUAGGUUCUUGGUUAAUUGGAGAUUGGUCGUGGCUUUUAACCCCUAUUGAGGAUGCCAACCCUAGCACACCUGAGGGUAGUUACACAAAGCACCACAUGUCAGCUCGAAAUGUAAUUGAACGGUGUUUCGGAGUAUUGAAGCAAAGAUUCCGAUGCCUCUUGAAACAUAGGGUUUUGCACUAUUCCCCAGAAAAAGCGGCAAAAAUAGUAUUAUCUUGUGCAAUACUUCACAAUAUUGCUAUAGCUGAAGGAACAUUAGUCCCAGAAGACUUGGGAAAUGUAGAUGAAGUUACUGACAUUCAAUCAAGCCAAGGUUUUAACAAUUAUCUUCAAGAGGGCAGAAGAGUACAAAGUGAAAUAAUUAAUAGAUAUUUUAGCGAUUAAUCAUUGGUACUUAUUAGAGCUUACUACAGUUAAAAUAAUUAGAAAUAACAGUUCAGUUCAAGAACAAGUAAAUCAAAGAUCAAACAAA